UGCUGACCGGACUGCUGAUGCGGACUAGUUUUCCCGAGUCCGGUCCAUUCCGGCGUCUCUCUCGCCCCGCCAAGCCACCGCUUCCCACUCCAAGCUGUAUCUCGACAGCGACCAAGGCUGCGCUAUUAUAAAGCCAUCCUCGCCGCUGCGAGCUGCUGGUUCACGUCACACGGCCGUCGCUCUCCAAGUCCAAGCAUGGCCCGUCUGGCUCUUCUCGUCGCUUCCACCGCCACCGCUCUCCUCUUCUUCCUCGUCUCGUCCUCGUGCUGCCUGGCAGCCACCAGCAGCAACCCGAGCGCCGUGGUGCUGGCGGUGCAGAAGGACGACGCGACGGGGCAGUACGUGGCCGGCGGCUUCCGCCAGCGGACGCCACAGGCGCCCGUGACGGCCGUGCUGGACCUCGGGGGCGCCACGCUCUGGGUGGACUGCGACCCCGGGCAGUACGCGUCCUCUUCCUACGCGCGCGUGCCGUGCGCGUCCAAGCCGUGCCGCCUGGCGCGGACGAGCGCCUGCGCUACAAGCUGCGUCGGGGCGCCGUCGCCAGGCUGCCUCAACGACACCUGCGGGGGGUUCCCGGAGAACACGGUCACGCGCCUCAGAACCAGCGGGAACCUCAUCACCGACGUGCUGUCGCUGCCCACCACCUUCCGCCCCGCGCCCGGGCCGCUCGCCACCGCGCCGGCGUUCCUCUUCGCCUGCGGGGCCACGUUCCUCACCAAGGGCCUCGCGUCCGGCGCCGCCGGCAUGGCCUCCCUCAGCCGCGCCCGCUUCGCGCUCCCGACGCAGCUCGCCGACACCUUCCGCUUCCCCCGCAAGUUCGCGCACUGCCUCCCUCCAGCCUCGGGCGCGGGCUUCGUCCUCUUCGGCGACGCGCCCUACGCGUUCCAACCCGGCGUGGAAAUCUCCAAAUCGUCGCUCAUCUACACGCCGCUUCUCGUCGACAACGUGAGCACGGCGGGAGUCUCGGGCAAGGGGGACAAGUCGACCGAGUACUUCAUCGGAGUGACGGCCAUCAAGGUGAACGGCCGCGCCGUGCCGAGGCUCAACGCCACGCUGCUGGCCAUCGACGGGAAGACGGGCGUGGGCGGCACCAAGCUCAGCACGGUCGCGCCUUACACCGUGCUGGAGACAUCCAUCCACCAGGCGGUCACCGACGCGUUCGCCGCCGAGACGGCCAUGAUCCCUCGGGUUCCCUCCGUGCCGCCGUUCAGGCUCUGCUACGACGGGAGCAAGGUGGGGAGCACCCGCGUGGGCCCCGCCGUGCCGACCGUUGAGCUCGUGAUGCAGAGCGAGGCCGCGUCGUGGGUGGUGUUCGGGGCCAACUCGAUGGUGGCUACCAAAGGCGGCGCGCUCUGCCUCGCCGUGGUGGACGGCGGCAAAGCCCCGCGGACGUCGGUGGUGGUCGGGGGACACAUGAUGGAGGACAACCUGCUCGAGUUCGAUCUGCAAGGGUUGCGGCUCGGGUUCAGCUCAUCCCUGCUUUUCCGGCAGACCACCUGCAACAAUUUCCGCCUUGGGUAGGAGGAAUACAAUGGCGGCAGUUGGUUUGUGUUCCAAAAUCGCAGGGGCCGGCUUGAGAAACUGUGGAACUUCCGGAUAUUCACGUGUACCUUCCAGAUAAUCAUGAAUAUGCGGAAUUUUCGGCUUCCAAUCGGAACUUUCGGUGUGACCGUUACGGAUCUGAGUUGUCCUAAUGCUCCUUCUAUA